AUUUAGGAGUUGGCCCUCGUUAUUGCCCGAGUAUUGAACAUAAAGUUUGCCUCUUUACUGACAAAGAAAAACACCAAAUUUUUGUGGAACCCGCAUCAAGGGAAUGGGACACCAUUUAUUUACAAGGUUUAUCGACUUCUUUGCCGACUGAAAUUCAAGAAAAAGUUUUAAAAACUCUUCCUGGUUUCGAAAAAGCCCAGGUACAAAAAUGGGGUUACGCAAUUGAAUACGACGUGCUAGAUUCGACACAAUUAAAAAACACCUUAGAGACUAAAUUAAUUAAUAACCUUUUUACCGCCGGGCAAAUUAAUGGCACUACUGGCUACGAAGAAGCCGCUGCCCAAGGGAUAAUAGCGGGCAUUAACGCUAAUCAAAAAGUCAAAGGAUUUCCACCACUAAUUGUGGGUCGGGAGCAAGCUUACAUUGGAGUUUUAAUUGACGAUUUAGUGACUAAAGAAAUUAAUGACCCUUACCGACUUUUAACUUCCCGGGCAGAGUAUCGCCUGCUUUUACGGCAUGACAAUGCCGAUACUCGCCUUUAUCCAAUCGCUCAGCAACUAGGAUUAUUAUCCAAGGAACAGCAAAAAGAGUUUCAACAAAAACAAGAAUUACAGGGAAUUAUUAUCCAAAAGUUGCAAGAAUUAAAAUUUACUUUGGCUGAGUUGGUCCAAAAAUUGGCUUGGGAAGCCCAAAGAGAAUGCGAAAUCAAUAUUAAAUACGAAGGAUACAUCAAAAGGCAAAAGCAGGAAGUAGAAAAAAUGAAAAAAUCCGAAAGUAAAUUAUUGCCGCUCAAUAUUGACUACGACAAAAUUCCUAAUUUGUCCUUAGAAGAAAAAGAAAAAUUGAAAAAAAUUCGUCCUCGUUCUUUGGCCCAAGCCGGAAGAAUCGCCGGAAUUAACCCUACUGGCUUACAAGUGCUAGUCCAAAAAUUGGCUUGGGAAGCCCAAAGAGAAUGCGAAAUCAAUAUUAAAUACGAAGGAUACAUCAAAAGGCAAAAGCAGGAAGUAGAAAAAAUGAAAAAAUCCGAAAGUAAAUUAUUGCCGCUCAAUAUUGACUACGACAAAAUUCCUAAUUUGUCCUUAGAAGAAAAAGAAAAAUUGAAAAAAAUUCGUCCUCGUUCUUUGGCCCAAGCCGGAAGAAUCGCCGGAAUUAACCCUACUGGCUUACAAGUGCUAGAUGCUUUUCUAACGCAAGAGCAAGCACUAAACCAAGAAAUCACCGACAAAGAGCAAAAAAUCAAAGAACGCGAAGCCGAAUUCCAAAAAGAAGUGGAAGCUAUCCAACAACAAAAAGCUCGUGAUUUAAGAAUUACCGUUCAAACCACGCGGCAAGAACUAGAAGAAGUUAAUCAGGAACAACUUCGCCAAUCACAAGCAGCUUAUAACCAAUCUCUUAACCAAAUUAAUAGUGCUUGUCAAAGUAAUUUAAGCCAAAUUAGCAAUAGUUUUAAUAACGUCCAAGUUGGCGAACCAGUUUGCCGCUACGGACACGAUAAUAACAUUCAAGUUUACAAUAAGUCAGGAGAGUUUGUUUCAAAUUACCAAUCCGAUUUUAUUGGGCAUAUUUAUUGCCCGACCUGCGGCACUAAUGAUUAUAACUGUACUUUGCAAAAAACUUAUAGCAAACUCCGGCAAGCCACCACUAAUGAAAGACAAAUUAGUCGUUUUGUUAAUGAAGCAAUCGAAGAGAAACUAGCUCGUAAAAAAGCUGAAGCAGAAAAAGAACUAGAACAAGCCUAUCAAGAAAUCGCCCAAGACCAAGCCCGCUGA